UUCAGAGGAGAAUCUAUUGGAAACAUCAAUUUUCAAGAGACGUUUUUUGAUUGUUUGAAUGGAAUCAUUAAUGUAUUCAGCAAGAAACGUGAAACGGUGCCAGAUUUACCGUUGUGGUUAUGGCAUUCAUUCGGUUCGAUGUCGGCAUUGCUUCAGGAGGUCAUCUCAAUAUAUCCUGCCAUAAUGCCACCGACAUUGACUGCGGCACAGUCGAAUCGUGUUUGCAAUGCACUUGCCUUGAUGCAGUGCGUGGCUGCGCAUAAAGAGACCAGAACUCCUUUCUUACAAGCACAUAUACCUCUCUUCUUGUAUCCAUUUUUACACACAACAAAAACGACACGUCCAUUCGAAUACCUUCGCCUCACAUCGCUCGGCGUUAUUGGUGCACUCGUUAAAACCGAUGAGCAGGUAUGUUCUCUGCCUUUAUACGCGUUUCAAUGCCUUCAUCAUUUCAAAUCGAUAAAUUUUAUGCAGAACAAUGGAAAAUGUUUGAAACGCAAUUUCAAUCAGCAUUUCUGUGUAAAUCAUUAA